AUCCCAUGGUUGUUUUGGGCCACUUGCCAUGGAAUUCGCUGAGAAUGCCUUUCCCGAGGACAUGGACUUGUUCGAUUGGUUGGCUCUGCCGACCUUAAGCAAUGACGAAAAUGGCCUAGACUUGGCCUUGUUGCUGGCGCGCAACUCGCGGUGCAAGAACGGCAGCAUGGGCUGCGUUGUGGUGGAUCAGAAGGGGCAGGUCAUUGCAGGCCAUGUGAAUGGCCCGAUGUGGGAGCCCAAUGCCAGGCGUCCAGCUUCUGACCUCCAUGCAGAGGUGAAUGCCAUCGGACGCUGCGCCAUGCUGGGGCGCUCCACAGCUGGAUGUACCGUCUAUGUUACGAUGCCGCCCUGCAAGCGUUGCUUCAUGCUGCUGGUGGCCAGUGGUGUGAAGCGCAUCGUGACGCGGAAGCAGAUGCUGCAGCAGGAGGCCAAGGAGAUUGAGCCCGCGGCGCGGCGGCAUGAGAUCUCGCUGGAGGUGGUGCUGGAUAGCGAGGAGCGCCGGAGGCGCUUGGACGAGCUGGGCGCGGCCAGGACAGCCAAGCGACGAAAGACGGACCCUGAGAGCACGGCAGAUGUAGCAGAGGGGGCGACCGUUCCGAGCGCGGAGGAAGAAGUGAAGAGCGGCGGUGCUAGGAAGAUCGAAUUGAAGUUUAGGAUGGUUUGUGCGCGUCAGGCACAUGCUUGGCAGCCCAAAGCUGCACCUCCAAAAGCAGCGCCGCCCAAAGUGGCGGUGAAAGCACGCUUACCCGAGGAGCUGGGCUUCAACGUCAGCAAAGACCGCGAUUUCUUGGCGUCGACCACAUCGCAUCAGCAAAAGCAGUGUCCCUUGGCCAUGCAUCACUACUUCAACUUUCCCAAGCGCCACUUGAACGCCAUGAAGUGGUCGGACAAGCGACGACAUCGUGGACAUCGUCAGAAAUUGCGUAAUCGUCGCGAACAAAAGGACUGGAACAGGAACUAUGGUCAGCGUGCGAAAGAGCGAGAGAGAAAUUAUCAUUCCUAUGGCAAGGAUUGGCAUCAGGACGUGUCGAAGUGUCGAUGA